AUGAAUGCCAUCCGAUUGUGUUUCACCGCCACCGUGGCGUUUCUCGUUGUCGCGAUCGGCGGCAGAGUCGCGUCCUCCACGAAUAAUACCGUGGAGGUCAGGAAGUGUUGCCCGGUGGGUCGGAUGUACGAUCCGGAAGCGCGGUUCUGCAGACCGGUCGGGAUGGACGUUGACGAGUACCAGGAGAGGUUGAUGAAUCGACUGCGGCGCGGAUUCAGGGUGGCAGCCGAUGAGACGUUGGAGAUGUUCCAUUACAGUCAGUUAUAUUGGACCGACGAGGAAGACGUGCUGGUCGACGUGCCCGCCGAGGAGAUGCCUGGGCUGAUGGAGGCGAACCGGUCGCUCAUUGAGUUGUCGUCGGGCUACUGCUUCGAUCUGACGCCGUCCGAUGAGCUGGUGGCCCGGACGUGCCGGCCACGCGACCAGUAUUGCGGCCGGGGCAAGUACACAUGCGUCAACAAAUGCUGCGAUAACGGAGAUAUAAUGGUCUACGACCCCAACUUGGGAAAAUUGAGGUGCGAAGAAAGCGAGAUGCCGUUCAAGUUUUCCGCCUAUGAAACAGACGCAGGCGGAAGUCCGGCUGGCCUGUCGAACAAGACGGUGCUACCGUUGAACUGGGACAAAUCCUCGUGUACUGCUUUGAAUAUGAUAAUCAGCAGGCUCACGUUGACCACUGAUGGCAACCUUUUCCUUAUCCACGAAGGCGUCAAAUGGAUCAUACCGGAAACGAAGUACUGCUUGGACUAUUACGCCAAGGACGGGACACUGGAGGCCGCCGAUCUGAUGGCGUUGGUGUGCUCAGAGGCCAAACCACCGGUCAGUUUCCUCUUUUGGGUUAAAACCCUGUCUGUCGUGUGCCUGGUGCUCACGCUGAUCGUGUACGCCACACUACCUUACCUCCGGAAUACCCACGGCUACUACGUCAUGUUCUACAUGGCCUGCCACCUCGUGUACUUGGUCUGCAUAAUGAUCUAUUCGUUAUUGGUACAGGAAGACAGAAAAAACACGUUGUGCAUUCCAAUCGGUUAUUUUAUGUUUAUUUGCAACUCUGACAACAUGUGCUGGUUGAACGUAAUAUGCUUCGAUAUUUACUGUAUGUUAAGGUAUGAAAUCGCUACAUGA